AUGAAUGAGCUGAACAACAUGAAGAAUAAUGGUCCAUCCUGUGACAGUGAAUGGUUACGACUUAAUGGCAACUGCUAUUACUUCAGCGUUACUAAAUGGAACUGGAGGAAGUCCAGGUUUCUGUGUGUCACCAAGGGAAGUGAUCUAGCUGUGAUUAACGAUGAUAUGGAGCAGAGAUUUAUCUCGUUAAUAACCUUUGGCCAAUGUUAUUGGAUCGGUCUGAGUUACAAAGAAGAUGAAGGUGGAUGGUCUUGGGUAGACGGAACAGACUAUAAUACAUCAUAUAAGUCCUGGAACACAAGUAAACGAAAUGAUCUUGGUAAAAAAGAAGAAUGUGCCCAGCUAUCGGUCUAUGGAGAGUGGAAUAAUGUGCAAUGCAGCUACAACCAAUGCUAUGCUGUUUGUGAAAUGAAACAAUGAGGUGACGUCAUCCAGACACCGAUAUUCACAAUAUAUCUGAAAUGAGAAAUAUAAACAAUACAUUUGGGAUUGUCUCUUAAUGUAUACCUGUAAUGUAUUGUAUGUUUUUUUUUCUCAAUCUCAUUAAAUUAUUACCUACUAUUAUUUUCUUUCCAUUUUGGCAUUACCAGUACCACACUGCCUCAUAGUAGCAGCCUGUCAUAUAGUAAUAAAGUACAUAUGCCCAUCCGUUUCAACCUAUCACAUGUGUUGCACCUUUUCAUCCAAAUGUAGGAAAUGUCAUUUAUUUUACUUUGUCUUUUAAGCCAUCUGCUUGUGCAAGGACCACAUUCCAAUCAGUGUUUAGAGGCAUGUCUGGUAGCUGAGUAGCAUAGGACCUGUUCAUAACAAAUAAAUAGAGGACAAUAGUUACUAGAGUCUCAAGAUAGUAAUCAC